UCUUCGCUGAAUUUGAUUGUCCUAUGAUGACCUCCUCCCAAUUCUCUCUAUUUCACUUUUUUAUUUCUCUCUUUCUCUUCCAUCCUUGACGCCAGCAUCUCCCUCAUCGUCCUACCUUCGGACGAUGAGCGGAACCUUCUGGCAACUAAUUUCCGUGCUAACUAAUUAAGAAAGAGGCCAUAAAACCAGCAUCACCACCAUCACCGUCACCAUCACCAUUGUUAACAUGUCGUCGACUAUCUUGAAACCCUUUCAACUUUUGGAAAUCAAUGUCAUAUCGGGUCAGGACUUGCAACCAGUGUCCAAGAACAUGAAGACCUACGCCACCGCUUGGGUACACAAGAAUCGCAAAUUGUCGACCCGCGUUGACAAGGAAGGCCAUAAUAGCCCUACAUGGAAUGACAAGUUCGUCUUUCGCGUUGACGAAGAAUUCUUGAGUAACGACACCUCGGCAGUCAUGAUUGAGAUCUACUCCGUGCAUUGGUUUCGUGACACCCUCGUUGGCACCGUCCGUAUCCUUGUCGGUAACCUCAUCCCUCCCAUUGCUCGAGCUCGCCGCCACCACCAGCAACACCACCUCGGAAUGCGAUUCGUUGCCCUCCAGGUCCGCCGCCCCUCGGGGCGACCCCAGGGAAUAUUGAACAUUGGGGUGGCACUUCUUGACAGCUCCAUGCGGAGCAUGCCCUUAUACACUCAGCUAAGCACAUCGGCCGUUGGAUAUCGUGAUUUGAUGGGACAACAGAACUCACAUCAAAAUCACAAUCACAACCACAACGAAAAUAAUCUAAGCAGCAAUAAGAGUAAUAACAAUCCACCACAUGUGAGACCGAUAUUACGUCGAUCACGAAGCGAACGCAGUGGUCGAGUGACAUUUGAUGAUCUUUCUACCGUAAACGGCUCUAUUGCAGGGGUGGCGCGAAAAAGGUUGACAAAUGGAAAUGCUAGUUCGAUGAUCAGCGGUUCAGAAUUGACGGACCAACCUAAAAGGAAGGGUAAAAAGGGAAAAGCAAGUUCCGUGAUUAGCGGAGCGGAGCUCCGAGAAAAACCUAAAGAAAAAGGAAGCAAAAUGAAAGCAAAUUCGGUAAUAAGCGGGUCGGACAAUGCCAAACAUGCAAAGCCCAUCUCCAUCAACUUCCACCACCCAAAGCUUCACGACCUGAUUAAAGGAAAACCGACCCAUGAAAGAUUCGGGUCAGAUCUCAGCGACUCAACUGUUGAAAAGCCCCUUCUCAAGCCUCCGCCAAAAGAGACCGUAAUCGGCAAACCCAUUUCGAAAUUCGACUUCGGGCAGCCGAAAGGGAAGCUCUUAUUCGGAGCCCCGGGGAAACCCAAUUCGAUUUGGUCGGAUUCGGAAGUGGGUCCGUCGCCAUCGGAGGUGGCGGCUGCGAUGGCGGGGGAGAGGUACCCGCUAGACGACAAUGGGAGCUCGGUGUUGGACGGAUGGAGCUUGGACGAGAGCGUGGAAGGGCUACGGUCGAAGCUGGAGAGGUGGCGGACGGAGCUACCACCGCUGUACGAUCGAGGCUUCUCCACCAGCACUUUCAGGUCCACCGGCCAACAUGCUCGGCGGCACACCGAUGGAGGAAGUGGGUUGUUCUCAUGCUUCAGCAACGUCUACGGGUAUGAGUGCCAGUGCAUUUGCGGGAAGCCUACCCAAACUGGGAGAAGCCUUAGCGCUCGGAUCUCUAGCCCGACGUUAUAAUUCGGGUCGGAUCUUUAUUCGACUCAAUGACUCGAUCCGACGAGAAUGUUGGGGGUGUAUUGGAUGAUGAUCCAGGUUUGAAUGGAUUUGGAGCAUGAUUGCUAACAUGCGCGGGGUGCGUAUAGAGACCUGAUCAUAAUAUAGGUACACAACUUACUUUGACUGUUUUUUAUUGGAAUUUGGGUAAAUAUGGCUAACAUGAGCUUGAGUGAAAAUAUAAGGGAUUUGGGGAGCAAGGAAAAGGACAUGUAUAAUAUUGGUGAUGAAAGGUGUAGUUGUGUUGUUGGUUAGGCCAUUUCAGUAAUUGUUCUUGGUCAAUUAAUUGGGAAUUUAUUUUCUCUUUUAAUCAUCAAAUUUAUGAGCAUAAUA